UUUUUUUUUCUAGUAAAUGACGCGGCGCCGCAGCACAGCACAGACAUGUGGGUCCCCGUCCAAAACCUCCGAUCCUUCAGCCCCCACCAACUCUUAAACCCGAAACAAGCCUUCUCCUUUCCCGUGCCGUGCUCCGUCUCCGCGAAAACCACGAGCGCAACGCCACCGCCAACGGGGCGCAGACUCAAGUGCUAGUGGGAAUGGUCGACGUGCACAAAAAUUCCACAGAAAGAUGGGUUACUCAAAUGGUCAGGAAAUCUCAUGGACGAGAGGGAAAUGAAGUUAUGGGGACUGUCAUGGAACAAGGCUUUUCUCAUCUAGACUCUGCAGAUGAUACCAAUUGCUCUGCUGGUGAAAAUAGAUACCCUGGCUGGCCUGGAACCACUGUCUUUAGGAUGCUAAUUUCCUCGACAAAAGUCGGUGCGAUAAUUGGUCAGAAAGGAGAGAGGGUUAGAAGACUGUGCGAGGAAACAAAAGCCUCUGUCCGUGUAAUAGGUGGUCAUUUUGCUGCAGCAGAGCGGGUUGUUUUGAUUUUUGCAAAGGAGCAACCAGAUGAGCCAAUACCUCCAGCUAUGGAUGCGCUACUAAGAGUAUAUCAGAACAUAGUUAAUGAUGAUGGUUUAGGCAUGGGGUCUGACAGUGCGGUUGUGACCCGUAUUCUUAUACCAAGUGAGCAGGCACUAAACCUUAUUGGCGAGCAGGGUUCGAUGAUAAAUCUUAUUGAGGAAGCUUCUCAAACCGACAUUCGUGUCCUUGAUUGUAACUUGCCGCCAGCUGCGCUUGAUGAAGAUAGGAUUGUUGAAAUAUGGGGACAACCUACACGAGUGCGGAAGGCUUUAGAACUUGUUGCUCGUCAUUUGAGAAAGUAUCUGGUUGAUCGAAGUGUCAUCCCAUUAUUCGACCCUCAUGUGCCUAUGACGACGUCACACGUGGACACGUCCCCAUGUUACUACAGUGACCAUCCUGAGGGCCCUCUGCAAGCAAUUAGUUCAGUAUAUGCUGAAGAUCUUCACCGUCAACCUCCAUGGACUGAUAGUUGCUAUCCGAGGGGCAGGUAUCAUGUGGAAACUGACGUAACUGGGUACAGAUGGGAAGCACCUACAUGUUUUGGAAGAUAUCGAUCAGUUACGCCUCCAUGUAUGGGUGCAUAUAGACAAGAAACAUCUUCACCCAUGGAAGCAUAUCUAUCAGCUCCAAUGGGAUUAAGUUCGCACCACAACCUUACUUCAUAUGGAUCACAAUCAACUCCACCAAUUGGUACAUCAGCUGCUGCUGAAAGAAUACGCUCCCUUAUAUCAGUAUAUGGACAACAAACACAUCCAGUGGGGAAGGUAUAUCAAUCAGCCAACAUGGGAAACCAUCCACACUUGGAAACAUCUUUAUAUGGAAGUGAAUAUCAUCCAAGUAGGCUAUCUCCAUCAACUGCCACUAAUCUACCUCCAACUCAUGGUGUGUCUGAAGAUGGACUACAAGCAUCACCAUCCAUGAGGAUGCAUCCACCAGCCACUGUGGAAAACCUUCUGCACUGUCGUGUGUCUGCGUGUGGGCCAGAUGUACUGCUGCCUGUGGUUGUGCCUUCAUUAACUAGCAAAUCACCAGCAAUCACUUCGCAGGUUAAGGAAAAGAUGCAAGUUCCAAUUUUCUAUGCUGAAGCUAUAAUUGGCCCUACUGGUGCAAGAAUUGAAUACAUUCGUCGGGCUAGCAGGUCAAGCAUCUUGAUAAACGAUUUGGAUGAUAGUUUAAUGUCUAUAGAUAUCACUGGAAGUUCUGCAACAGAUGUCCAGACUGCAGAGCAUCUCAUAAAGGCCUUCAUGGCUGAAGCCGCCGCCGCUUCCCCUGGUCACAAUUUCGACUUCAUUCCAUCAUAUUUGUCACCAGUAUCUCCUCGAGCUGAUACCCUAACAACCUCGUAUGCUGGAAGAGAAAGUGGCAUGACAGAGCAACGCCUUGAAAUGAGCUUCUGAAAAUUCCCAAAUCCCAUCCAUUUCUGCACAUAUUUAUAUAUAUAUCCCCAAUACAGGAAAUUCCAUCAGAGUACACCCACCAAAAGUUUUUAUAAUCAUGCUGAGGAUUCCAUUUUUCCAUCCAAGAUUCGUUCCUAGAAUUGUAACUAAAUUAGUGUUAUACCUGUGGGUUAAAGCUGAGCUUAUGCUAUAGGAAAACAAAGUUCUGGUUAAUUCCUGGAGGAUGAUGUAAAAGAGAGGAGCCAUCAUGUAUGUUUUGACCUGUUUCAUCCAGAAAUGUUUUGUACUAGCUGCAAACUGAAGGUUAUGUUUAGAAACACAGGGCGAAGCAGUCCUCCUUUGCUGGUUUAUGCUUUAGAUGUUCAAGUAUGUCUGCUACGCCGAUGUAUGAUUCAGAACUGGGAUUAUUGGUUGUUGGCACACUGUA